AGGAUGUGGUUUUCAGAGAGGCGACAUUUCAAGUUGCAAGAGAAAUAUUGGAGCCACACGAUUUCAUGCUUUUUUCCACGGGCUCUUAUUGUCUGAUCUUUGUACCUUCCUUGGUCUGGGCAUCAGGAGGCCCGGUCCCGAGUGAACAUGCUACCGCUUUCACCACUGGGUGCUCCCGGGCAUGCGGGGCACGUCUUGGUAUCUCAUUUAUGCCCUCAUCAGUGAGGACUUGCAGCGCUGUGCCCGGCCACGUCGGACCGCGGGAGCCACAGCCGUCUUCCCUCCGCGGCCUCCUUCCCCUGACGCUCUCAGCAGCCUCGAGUCCUGGCCAUCCGCAGAAGCCUUCGCAGCAGGAUGGAAAUGCAGUGAGGUGCGGGGGCUGAGCACUGCUGACCAGACGUGGGACGCUGGUGGUUCGCGGGUCACUGAGGCUGGACAACGUUCAUGGCUCUCGGGUAGAACCCAGUGAAACGGCCAGAAUGAAUUCUAUGGACAGGCACAUCCAACAGACCAAUGACCGACUACAGUGCAUCAAGCAGCACUUACAGAACCCUGCUAACUUCCACAAUGCCGCCACGGAGCUGCUGGACUGGUGUGGGGACCCGCGAGCCUUCCAGCGGCCCUUCGAGCAGAGCCUGAUGGGCUGUUUGACGGUGGUCAGUCGGGUGGCAGCACAGCAAGGGUUCGACCUGGACCUCGGUUACAGACUGCUGGCAGUGUGCGCUGCGAAUCGAGACAAGUUCACUCCGAAGUCUGCGGCCCUGCUGUCCUCCUGGUGCGAGGAGCUCGGCCGCCUGCUGCUUCUCCGACAUCAGAAGAGCCGCCAGAGCGACGCCCCCGGGAAACUCCCCAUGCAGCCUCCCCUCAACUCCAUGAGCUCCAUGAAACCCACUCUGUCGCACAGUGAUGGGUCGUUCCCCUAUGACUCUGUCCCUUGGCAGCAGAACACCAACCAGCCUCCCGGCUCCCUCUCCGUGGUCACCACGGUUUGGGGAGUGACCAACACAUCCCAGAGCCAGGUCCUCGGGAACCCUAUGGCCAAUGCCAACAACCCCAUGAAUCCAGGCGGCAACCCUAUGGCAUCGGGCAUGACCACCAGCAACCCCGGCCUCAACUCCCCCCAGUUUGCUGGGCAGCAGCAACAGUUCUCGGCCAAGGCCGGGCCCGCUCAGCCCUACAUCCAGCAGAGCAUGUACGGCCGGCCCAACUACCCCGGCAGCGGGGGCUUCGGGGCCAGCUACCCCGGGGGUCCUAACGCCCCCGCAGGCAUGGGCAUCCCUCCGCACACCAGGCCGCCCGCUGACUUCACUCAGCCGGCGGCUGCUGCCGCGGCAGCUGCAGUGGCGGCGGCGGCGGCCACAGCCACGGCCACGGCCACGGCCACUGUGGCAGCCUUGCAGGAGACGCAGAACAAGGAUAUAAACCAGUACGGACCGAUGGGUCCCACCCAGGCGUAUAACAGCCAAUUCAUGAACCAGCCCGGGCCGCGGGGGCCUGCCUCCAUGGGGGGCAGCAUGAACCCCGCAAGCAUGGCGGCUGGCAUGACACCCUCGGGGAUGAGCGGCCCUCCUAUGGGGAUGAACCAGCCCCGGCCGCCCGGCAUCAGCCCCUUUGGCACCCAUGGGCAGCGGAUGCCCCAGCAGACCUACCCGGGGCCCCGGCCCCAGUCCCUGCCUAUUCAAAGCAUAAAGAGGCCAUACCCGGGAGAGCCCAACUAUGGAAACCAGCAAUAUGGACCAAACAGCCAGUUCCCCACCCAGCCAGGCCAGUACCCUACCCCCAACCCCCCACGGCCGCUCACCUCUCCCAACUACCCCGGGCAAAGGAUGCCCAGCCAGCCGAGCACGGGGCAGUACCCACCCCCCACGGUCAACAUGGGGCAGUAUUACAAGCCAGAGCAAUUUAAUGGACAAAACAACACCUUCUCGGGAAGCAGCUACAGUAACUACAGCCAGGGGAACGUCAAUAGGCCUCCUAGGCCGGUUCCUGUGGCAAAUUACCCCCACUCACCUGUUCCAGGGAACCCCACGCCCCCCAUGACCCCCGGGAGCAGCAUCCCCCCGUACCUGUCCCCCAGCCAAGACGUUAAACCACCCUUCCCGCCUGACAUCAAGCCAAAUAUGAGCGCUCUGCCACCACCCCCAGCCAACCACAAUGACGAGCUGCGGCUCACGUUCCCUGUGCGGGACGGCGUGGUGCUGGAGCCCUUCCGCCUGGAGCACAACCUGGCUGUCAGCAACCACGUCUUUCACCUGCGGCCCACAGUCCACCAGACCCUGAUGUGGAGGUCCGACCUGGAGCUGCAGUUCAAGUGCUACCACCACGAGGACCGGCAGAUGAACACCAACUGGCCGGCCUCGGUGCAGGUCAGCGUGAACGCCACGCCCCUCACCAUCGAGCGCGGGGACAACAAGACCUCCCACAAGCCCCUGCACCUCAAGCACGUGUGCCAGCCGGGCCGCAACACCAUCCAGAUCACCGUCACGGCCUGCUGCUGCUCCCACCUCUUCGUGCUGCAGCUGGUCCACCGGCCCUCCGUGCGCUCCGUGCUGCAAGGCCUCCUCAAGAAACGCCUCCUGCCCGCGGAGCAUUGUAUCACGAAAAUCAAGCGGAAUUUCAGCAGCGUGGCUGCCUCGUCAGGCAACACGACCCUCAACGGAGAGGAUGGCGUGGAGCAGACAGCCAUCAAGGUGUCUCUGAAGUGCCCCAUCACAUUCCGGCGCAUCCAGCUGCCUGCUCGAGGUCACGACUGCAAGCACGUCCAGUGCUUUGACCUGGAGUCGUACCUGCAGCUGAAUUGUGAGAGAGGGACCUGGCGGUGUCCUGUGUGCAAUAAAACGGCUCUGCUUGAGGGCCUGGAGGUGGAUCAGUACAUGUGGGGCAUCCUGAACGCCAUCCAACACUCCGAGUUUGAAGAGGUCACCAUCGACCCCACGUGCAGCUGGCGGCCAGUCCCCAUCAAGUCAGACCUGCACAUUAAAGAUGACCCAGAUGGCAUCCCCUCCAAGCGGUUCAAGACCAUGAGUCCCAGCCAGAUGAUCAUGCCCAACGUCAUGGAAAUGAUCGCAGCCCUGGGCCCUGGCCCAUCCCCCUACCCACUCCCGCCUCCACCGGGGGGCGCCAACUCCAACGAUUACAGCAACCAAGGCAACAACUACCAGGGCCAUGGCAACUUUGACUUCCCCCACGGAAACCCUGGCGGGACGUCCAUGAACGACUUCAUGCACGGGCCGCCCCAGCUCUCCCACCCCCCGGACAUGCCCAACAACAUGGCCGCCCUCGAGAAACCCCUCAGUCACCCCAUGCAGGAAACUAUGCCACACGCUGGCAGUUCUGACCAGCCCCAUCCCUCCAUACAACAAGGUUUGCACGUCCCACACCCCAGCAGCCAGUCAGGGCCUCCAUUACAUCACAGUGGGGCUCCUCCUCCUCCUUCCCAGCCUCCCCGGCAACCGCCACAGGCCGCUCCCAGCAACCAUCCACACAGCGACCUGACCUUUAACCCCUCCUCAGCCUUAGAGGGUCAGGCCGGAGCACAGGGAGCAUCCGACAUGCCGGAGCCUUCGCUGGAUCUCCUUCCAGAACUCACAAAUCCCGAUGAGCUCCUCUCGUACCUGGAUCCCCCCGACCUGCCGAGCAAUAGUAACGAUGACCUCCUGUCUCUCUUUGAGAACAACUGAAGCCCACCCCUCCACUGGGGCCAUCCCCCCCCACUCUGCCUCCUUCCCCGUCUGUCCCACACACACUUUACCACUGGGAGCCCAUGCCCUCAGACCGCCCCUGCUGCGGCCUUCUCAGAGCGGAGGGGCGGGAGGGUGCACUGUGAAGGCUGUGUGGGUCUGGUGCCCGUGCCCAGAGCAGGCCCUGAAGAUGAGCCUCGAGGUGGGGAACCGGCCCGGCGAGAGGGCACACGCUGACAAAGCCUUCCUGGUCCCUCUGUGUGUGCUGAUUCCAAACGACCCUCCAGUGCCCCCCGAGGUUCUUCCGGUUUCUAAACUGUAACCCUGCCUCCCUGCUUCCUGGCCCAGAGCCUCCUUCAAGUGACUGAGCCUGAGAGAAGGCGCCCCGAGACCCAGGCAGGCCCCGAGCCUUGGAGGAGCAGUGACGGUUGGCGGCAGUGAGAAUGGCCCACCCACCACCACCACCACCACCACCACCACCACCACCACAGAAAAGCACAAACCUCUGGGAAAGAGAACUCUCUCAGGGGCCAAGGUCGUCGCUUUGACCCCUGACCUCUAAGCCAAGAUACCCUGUAAACACUCUCUCUCAGAAAGCAGAGAAAAAAAGGACAAGAUUCUGUGUUCGAGAGAGGGUGUGCCAUUCCUGCUUGGGGACCGGUGGGAGAGGGGGUCAGGGCCUCCUCAGAGCCAGGACAGUGCAGCUGGCCCCAUGACCUCUGGACUCAGUCCGGGGCCCGGCCUCGGGGAGCAGAGGGAGAGAGUCCCCAGCCAAAAUUACUGUGCCCUUAGUUGGGGGGCAGGGGGAUGCCGCCAGCCGGAGUCCGAUAGGAACGGCAACUUACAACUUUGCUCCGAGCCACUCCCUGUUUUUCAAUGACGAUUAAUUAAGCUACGGAGUCAUCUGAGAAAGGGGACGGUAGACUUGGACGGCAAGCAACCCAUUUCUCUCCACGCGUCCUGUUUCCUCCCUCCUGCCCCCACCCACGUCUCCCAGACUGUUACGGGGGACACCUGCUUCCCUCUGUCCCACUUCUGCUGUGUCCGCCCCGACAGCCGGGUGGGCCGGUGGAGGGGCGGGGGAGGCUCAGGCGCCUGUGCGGGCAUGGUGCAGGCACCUCUCCGGCCCCCCCCCCCCGUCCCGGCUGUCCCUGUGCUCAAGGCUGCCCCAGCUGCACCCCGGUCCGUCACCACACGUGCCGGGAUGUGCCCGCCAGCGUCACGUGGUGUCUCUGUGCCGCACUUGGCUGCCGGCCUCUCCUUCCCUCUGUGUCCCCCUGCCCUGCAAAGCUGCCCACACUCCUGCUCACCGGAGCAGAAGCAGCCUCUGGUCUUUCCCUCCACUGCCUCGCUCCAUCCGGCUUACUGCUCUCGGAGUCUCCCGGGUAGCUUGUGGGGCGUCCGUUUCGUCUGGGGGUCCUCUGUCCCCCUAAGCCGCAUGGCCUGUGAUGCUGCUGGGCCGUCACUUGGGUCACGUCUGUGAAUUCGUUGCGCCCCUCCCUGCUGCUGCCUGGGGUCUCCUGCUUCCCGUCCACUGUCCGUGUUCUCGAGCUCCGUCUCCCCCUGUGGCGGGUGGUCCCCAGCACUCCUCUGGAUUUGACCGGAACGGUGGCCCCAGCUGUUGAUUUCCAGUCACUGUACCAGACAGCCGGCACAAGGUUUUCUGUAGGAAAGCUGCCAUUGUCCCCGCCCCCUUUUCCUUUGUCCCGUUGUCGAGGUUUUUUCAAACAGCGUGGUGUUCAGUAUGCAAAUCAAUUAUUUUGAGAAUUGCUUUUGUAAAUAUCUUUGUGAAUAUUUUAGUAUUGUCUUUGAUAAUAUUCAACAUUUUCAUGACCUGGUUAUAGCCUUUGCUGGUGUUUUUAAAAGACCUUGACUCAACAACAA